AUGAGAUUCACUAGAGCGUUGAGACAGGUUCAAGAGGUGCUUGUCAAGCCUGCCUCUGGAUACCCCAUCGGGUUGACAGGCUACUACCAACACCCUAACCCAAGACCGGCAUUGAUUUCCUUGUACAACCUGACCUUGCAAGUGUUGGAGAAGAAGUUCCCCAAGGAAUCUGUGUACAGACAAUCUGUCGAACAGAUGACGAAAAACAGAUUGCAGAUCGUCGAGAACAACGAGAUUUCCGAGCAGAUCGAGAACCAAAUCGGAGGUGGUUUGAUUGAGGAAAUCGUGGUGCAAGCACACGACGAGUUGACCUUGGCCAAUGAACUCGGUCUGUUGAAAGCCUGGGAGGAGUUGGAACACAAACCUUUGGACGACCAGUGGGUUUACUUCGGAAAGAAAAUGUAA